AUAAAGCUGCAGUGGUUUUGAAUCACGGCGCGUUUCCCGCCGCCGGGGUCAGGGGUCAGGGUUCGGGUCGGGGGGCGGAGGGAAGAGCGGACGGGCGGGAGACGCCGGCGCCAGACGCGAAGGAAAAGGAGCUGCGACCAGUCGCCCAGAGGCCGCCGAGCCAGCGACGCCUGAGCCCGUCGAGCCGCCGUCGCCGCGCCCCCAUGGCGGCCGCCAAGGACAGUCAUGAGGACCAUGAUACCUCCACAGAGAAUGCAGACGAAUCCAACCAUGACCCCCAGUUCGAGCCGAUAGUUUCUCUUCCUGAGCAAGAAAUUAAAACACUGGAGGAAGAUGAAGAGGAACUUUUUAAGAUGCGAGCAAAGCUAUUCCGGUUUGCUUCAGAGAAUGACCUCCCAGAAUGGAAGGAGCGAGGCACUGGUGACGUCAAGCUCCUGAAGCAUAAGGAAAAAGGGACCAUCCGCCUUCUCAUGAGGAGGGACAAGACUCUGAAAAUAUGCGCCAACCACUAUAUCACACCGAUGAUGGAGCUGAAGCCGAAUGCUGGCAGUGACCGCGCCUGGGUCUGGAAUACCCAUGCCGACUUUGCUGAUGAGUGCCCCAAGCCUGAGCUGCUCGCCAUCCGCUUCCUAAAUGCUGAGAAUGCACAGAAGUUCAAAACAAAGUUUGAAGAAUGCAGGAAAGAGAUUGAAGAGAAAGAGAAGAAAGGACCAGGCAAAAAUGAAAAUGCUGAAAAGGUGGCCGAGAAGCUGGAAGCCCUUUCUGUGAAGGAGGCCAGAGAUGAGGCUGAAGACAAAUCUGAGGAGAAGCAAUGAGUCACUCUCUGUCCUUUUCCUUUCUUUUUCUUUUUAAAAAAUUUCCCUGCCCUUUAAGGUUUGUUUUUAUUCUGUUUUGUUUUUACAAGGGACUUUAUAAAGAACUGAAUUCCAACCUUCAGGUUGUUUUUUUUUUUUUUUUUUUUUUUUAAUUUUUUUUUUUUAAAUUUUUUUUCUCAAGUUUUGACACCAUCGAACAUGACUUCAGAAAUCCAUUCCCCAGUCAUGAAAAUGUACUGUGCUAACUUUCUUUUCCAUAGUGGAAACACUUAUUUAUAGUCAUCAAAAAUAGUGAAUAAAAAAUGCCUUUGAAAACCUGGA